AUGUCGGCUGGGGAGCUCGCCUGCACCUACGCGGCUCUGAUCCUCCACGAUGAUAACAUCUCCAUCACGGUAAUGUGCCGGUUUUGAUGUCCUUGGUCGGCUCUCCUUAGCUUUAGUUCCAUUUACCUUUUUUCACUAUUUGGCAGAAGUUCGAGGAUUAUUGGGCUUUUUCUCUGACCAAUUAGGCUUUCUCGAUUUGUACAUUUCCAUUUUUAUAUUUGCAGGCGGAGAAGAUCUCCACGUUAGUGAAAGCGGCGAACGUGAAAGUGGAUUCCUACUGGCCAUCCUUGUUCGCUAAGCUGCUCGAGAAGAGGAGCGUCGAUGAUCUCAUUAUGAACGUUGGAUCUGGUAUGUUUCUUCUUCCACCCAUGUGGUGACUAUGCUUUAUUUCGAUUAAGUCAGCAACAUGGAAUUUAUCCCAUGAAUGAAUUCGGAUGUGCAGGGGGAGGUGGCGCUCCUGUGGCUGUUGCCGCCCCGUCGGCCGGUGGUGGUGCCGCAGCCGCCGCUGCGCCAGUGGAAGAGAAGAAGGUUCUUAUUCUUUCCAGCUUAAUAGUUCAUUUUGUCAUCCGUUUCAUGCUCCCUGAAAUAAUACUCUUGCUUUUGUCUACAGGAAGAACCCAAGGAAGAGAGUGACGACGACAUGGGGUUCAGCUUGUUCGAUUAA